GACUCGCAAUCCUCGUUCGUAUCAAUUAUUUGAAGAAACCCAGCUAGCUAUCUAAACAGAACUAGCUUAGCUAUCAGUACAAGAAAACACUAAACAAUUCACAUGAACCCACUUUGAAUGAUCUAACAGUUAGUGGGCGAAUUGACUAUUAAGUCGACCAACCAAGAUGUAAAUAAUGAUAUGUUCUAGAGUACACUGAUUUGGUUGCUAGCGCCAGGCAGUGCUAGCCAACACCCUCAUGAGGCAAUCCAACUCCGGAGGAUUAACUAGCUACCGACCGUAAUCAAGUCUAACUAGUUGGUGAUUUGCAUCUAGCAGCAAAGAACAAACCAACAGAAUGUCAGAUGAUGCUGUCCUGCUGAAUGUACCCGUCAUUCGGCAGCUGUACCACUGGGACUGUGGAUUAGCCUGCUCCAGAAUGGUUUUGAAGUACCUCCACCCUGUGAGUGAUGAGGAGUUUCAGGGUGCUUGCUGGGAGUUGAAGCUGACGCAGAGUGUCUGGACAAUUGACUUGGCCUACCUCAUGUGCCAGCUGAGGGUCCGGCACCGCUUCUGCACUCAGACACUGGGUGUUGACAAGGGCUUCAGGAAUCAGUCCUUCUACAAAAAGCAUUUUGACACUGAGGAAGACCGAGUCAACGAACUCUUCCUAAAGGCUGAAAGCAAGGGUGUGGUGGUGAAUAAAUGCUCUGUGACAAUUCAGGAAAUCCAGGAACAUAUUGACCAGGGCCAUGUGGCCAUAGUGCUGGUCAAUGCUGUGGUUCUGGUGUGUGAACUUUGCUCUUCGCCUGUCAAGUACUGCUGUUUCCUGCCUGUGGGCCAGAAGUGCUUCUGCAGGAAGCCAGAAUACCAGGGUCACUUUGUGGUGGUGUGCGGCUUCAACCGGAGCACUGGCUGCAUCUUCUACAACAACCCUGCCUACUCAGACCGCGUGUGUUGCACCAGCAUUAGUAACUUUGAAGAGGCUCGAAUGAGCUAUGGGACAGAUGAGGAUAUUCUGUUCAUCUUCAAGGAGAGCUGAAUGGCUUAGGGACAAUGAAGAUGUAGAUGUUCUCCACAUCGCUAUGGCGCCCCAUCCUCACUAUGAUGACACACCAGUGGGUCUACAGGUCCCUGAACUGGGACUGCUGGUUCCAGCUCUAGCCCAGUGUUGUAGAUGGUCCCGGGCUGUCCUCUCCAGUGCUAACUGACUGCUCACAGAACACACAACACCACUCCAACGUCACCACACACGCCUCACUUCACAUAGCCCAUGCUAGUCAUCAGUGUGUAAAGGAAUAAUCACGGAAGACAUAAAUAAAGUGUGGUUUUUAAGUUGGUUGGGGGACAAGCAGAUAGAUGAAAUAGAAUAAAUGAAUUUUUCCUGUGUCCCAUUUUGUUUAGUUUUACUUCAGUUAGUUAAUUCUACCAAUUGACGUGUGAAAUGGUGAGCAGUGCAAGACUUGAAAUCCUAUUCCUAAUGCUGGGUGGAAUAAAUAACAUGACACUCAAGUUGAUUCUAGACUUGGAGAGGAGGACAAAACAAUGCACAUACAAGGGCUUAUGGCAACAUGAUGCUUUCUUUGGUUUUAGUCUGAUGGGCCAUGUAUUGCUACUUUCCUCCCCUUAGACUAGCCUUGUCUUAUUUUAUUAAUAGUUAUUUUGAUACUGUUUGUUAAACUUCAUGUAUUAUUUACUAUUUUCUAAUAACAUGGAAUAGAGGGAGAAAUUGUUUUUGAAAGACUCAGGUAAUUAAUGUCCAUAGAGUCUGAUGUGUUGUAUUACAAUAGCAAACCCAUGUUACAAAUGUAUUUUCUUUAAUGCAAUACACCUUGACCCAUAGCCUGUUAAUGGAACCAAAUCUGCCUGGCAGGCCUAGGUGUCAGUCAUCAGGACAUCAUGUUCAACCUCAGCCUGCUGCUUUGUACAGACUUUGCUUUUGUUAUGUGAACCGAUGAUUACAGUCCAUGUCAGUGUCAUUCACAUCAAGGAGAUUAUUACAGAGAAUCAGUUAUAGUUUCAUCUGAAGGCAGUGGAGGCUGGUGGGAGAAGCUAUAGGAGGACGGACCCAUUGUAAUGGCUGGCAUGGAA